AUGCAGGAGGUGGUCGUUGGACGUGUUUCACGUCUCCGAGUCUCGUCAAAGAAAAAAGACAAUUUUACACACCUGAGGAUGUGGCUGUGUUUGGUGAUGCUGGGGCUGUUAGCAGGGCUGCCAGAUCCCUGCAGAGGAAUGGAGGCACUGUCAUCUCAACUGUGGAUACUGGAGUUGAAGGAAGGCCACAAUAGAAAUGUCACUUACCGACCGAGCUUAUUAAAUAUGCCAGACCUCCCAAGCUGGCUACAUUACUCUCCUGCUUAUCGCUCUGGGUUUGUUUAUGGAGUGCCACCUGAGGGCAUAUCUCAGUUCCAACUGGAGGUGGUACAAAGAGACAAGAGCACAUAUAACACAUCUCACAGGGUGUACAAUGUAGACGUUUUGGAACAGCCACGUAAGCCCUAUGAGGUACGCUUCAAAAUCACAAAUUUGAAUGUAGAGGAAAUGCUGGUGCACAAAGGCUGGGAGAAACUGAUGUCAGUGCUGACAGAAGACCUCUGGGAGGAGAGUGCUGCUGACCUUAAUGUAACAUACCUAGCCUCGGCUACCCAAAAGGGUGAUCGGUUGCCUGCCAGACCAGACGAGCGAGAAGGAGUUUACAUAGGAUAUGGCAGCUCUGCAAAAUUUUCGUCUUCUCUGUAUCGUAUAGAACAGGAGGUCAAGAUACUCUGGAUUCACCGUCCUUGUCCAGCAUAUUAUAAGAAAACGUCAUAUGAGCGCUUCUUCCGUGAGAAGGACUUUGCUGUUGACUGGUGCAACUUUAAUUUGUAUGACAACAGUGGUGACAGGAUGUAUGGUGGGCAUGACGAUUCCCGUGAUCAUGAGGAAGGUCAUAGGUCCCCAGUGAUCUCAGCUCUGGAGAACGAGGGAAGGGUGUACCUUCGCAGCCGUGAGCAGAUCACAAAACGGUCCUACACUCUAGAUGUGGUGCACACCAUCCUGAUCCCCCUGGUUGUGAUGCUGGUGCUCCUGGCCCUGCUUACACUGGCUAUGUGCUGCCACAGGAAUAACAUGGAUCAACAAUCCAGUGACUUUUUCGAUGAACUCUUUGAUGACUUCCCGCGCAUCCCAGCCACGCAAGACAUCCAGAUGGUCCAGUAUGCAAGCAUUCACAGAGCAACGGAAGCACUGCGAGCUCUUAAGGGGCGAGAGCACUCCCCUCAUCCCUCCACAGCUACAACAACCACUCAGGCUGACACGCUUCCCAGGUCCUGCACUGCUAGUCCCUCCUCCACCCUACCCCGGAAUUCUACACUUAGUCGCCGCUUUGAGGACUAUGCCACCCUCACACGGCCUGACCCACCACCAUAUCAGAGGAAUGGAGCAACACCAACACGCUAAGAUUUGUCAUGGGUGACAAGACAGCUGGACUGAGUAGAGGUUAGCAUAUAGAUUGCAUAAUUAUGAUUGGUGGCAAUGCAGCCUUGGAUAGAAAUUUGUAUAUUGCUUACUUGAGGUUGUAAGGAGAGCAGUUACGAAAAGAUUUUGAACAGUAAUUGACCAAAAUUAUGGAGAAAGAGAAAGUUGGUCCAUUAUUAUUUAAGAAGUGAAAGGCAGUGUCAAGUAUUACUUGUAUCUAUUGAUAUGCUUCAUCUUAGGUGUUUGUUGAUAUAUUUCCCUUGUGAUUUGCCUCUCUGUGAAGUGUGAAGUAAACCUUGGACUGAAAAUGUGCCAUGAACUUGCAUUUAAACUGUAAUAGUAGUGCAAUAGAACUUCCAGUUUCUCUUUAAGCUUACUAAUCUCUUCUUUAUUUAUAGUAAAGUACUUUAACUGCUGCACAAUCUUCAAGGUUUCACUUACAAUUUGACUUACUUACAAAGUUAUUGUAAGUAGAUAUUCAAAGGGCUUGACAUGUUUGGGCUUCUGAAGUGGGGCAUUGUUACAAUGUGAUGAAAUAGUUACUUAUACAGGAAGUACUGUACUCUGAUAUAGUGUUAUUUUUUACCAAGACUAGUGUGAAUAUGAAGUGAAGUUUCAUACCAAAUUUUCUUGUUAUAAUAAAGAAUAAACUUUCAAAAUAUGACAGAAUAUGUCAGUUAUGUGGAACCUAUGUAUCUGAAAUUCUUGAACACCUCAAAGAGAUCUGUUUGCCAAUGUUAACCUGUUAAUGCCAAUGUAUUGAAUUUAUCUCAUAAGGCUCCAAUGGUUUUCAGUGGUAUAAAAUAAAUUCAGAAGCCUCUGUGUCAGAUCUAAUGAAUUUGUCUAAUCUUUCUCUCUUGAGGUGACCAACUGGAAUCUGUUUGAGUCUGAGGAUCUUAGCUGUUGGCCACUACACAUGCCAAGCUUGAGGUAUCUGGCCUGCUUUUUGUGAUGUUGUAUUGACCAUAAUGAUGAAUUUAUCAUGAUCAUUAUAAUAAUAGGACAGAGAUCCCCAGAAAUUAGGGACAGUAUGAGGAGUUUACCAAAUAAUUGGAAAACUGCAUAAAUUGCUAAGUAAAGUAAUCUCUGGUCCACCUAAAUCUAUGAACCAAGCCAUUAUUAUGGAUGGGUAAUAUAUCAGUAUAUGAAGCUAAUGCAUUUGUAGAAUACUGUACUUUAAAUAUAUUAGUACAAUUGAGUAUUAAGUGUUUUAUCUUGUGGUGACAUUUUAAAUGGUGGAAGAAAUUGUUGUCCAUGGAUGGGUUUAGGGUAGGAGAGUAGUGGUUAUGGUAUGAACUUCAAUAUAUAUUAAAUUUAAAUGUAAACUCAACUGAAAGGGGUAUAUAAGAGCACUUUAUAGGAACCUGGCUAGUUACUGCAUACAUAUACAUGGUUUUAUUUUUAAGAAAUUUGUAAUUAUAUAAAUAACUGGAGGAAACACUGUGGCUAAACUGGUCCUGAAUGAAAUAGUAAAUUGUGUAUCUACUGAUGUUGGUUAGAGUUAGGAAAUCCCUAUAGCCUAUGUUCAUUAUUAUUAUUUUUUUUUUUUUUUUUAACAAAGAUUACCAAUUGGAUUAGACUUUCAGAUCCCACAGUGAUUUUGUAAGUUCCUGUAAAGUAUGUCAUAAAAAGUAAAAUAACAAAGAAUGAGAAACAUAACAGUAUUUGAAGUGAAUGCAUAUCAUAUAUCAUUAUGCUAAAAGGAGUUUACAGUGUGAUUUGUGGAUUAGGUCCAUGUAUGCAUACAUGUGUGGAUGCAUAAACAACACAUAUCAGUAUACAUUUUGCAUAUACUUUUACAGACACUAGCAAUAGAUUAAGAAUAGCCAGUACACAAAUACAUUAAUAUGGUUAGGAUUUUAAAAAGAGAAAAACGAUAUUCUUAUAUCUGUAAGUUUAAUUAUUUUAUACAAAAAGCUAAUAAAGUACAGUAUUAUUUUACAUUACUCUUAGUAACCAUGAUCUCUUUAAUCAUAUGAUUUUAUAAAUUAGAAACCAUUUUUGAAGUGGAAAGUAUCAAGUAGGCGUGUUUGAUGACACUGGUUCUUCAAAGUGUUUGGUUAGUAUAUCUAACUGAAAAGAAUUAUAGUGUUUAUCCUUGUAACUGGUGUCAGAAACAUGAUAUUACUGUGGUACAACAUUUAUUGGUUUGUAAUAAUGAUAAACUACACACUUUAACUUACAGGGUACUGAUAUAUCAACAAAAGAAUGGUAUCUAGUCAAAAGGCUUUAAAGUAUUAGACUUUAAGAUUGUCAUUGUUGUUGUCAAUUGUGAUUUUUAUUGUUUUGCUUUCAAUAAAUAAUGGAAGUAU